AUGCAACUUGUGAGCUUGGAUGUGCUUUCACGGAGACAUUUCCAACUGUUCGAGCAGCAGACUCUUCAGUUACGGGCGCCACCUUUGCCCGGUAUGCCAUGGAUAUCACCGGCUAUUCCGGAGCAAAGUUUCGCACCAACUCCACUGGACUGCAUGGAUUUGCUUUGCCUGUGUCCUUAUCUACACGUUUGUUAUUUUAAAAUUCCAAUAAAAAAUUCUUCAUUCCACUUUUUCCAGCCAGACCAUGUCAUUUCAUGCACAUACUUGCGAACACAUUCUUUUGCUAAACACAGCAUGUGUUUGGCAAAUUACCCUUGGAGAACUGGACACCGAUGUUCCCAACAGGCACUUCAGAAAAAAGAUGAGUAUCGUUCAAAAUUGCUGUAA